GCCAGUCCUUUAGAUUUUCUAAGCAUGCUUCUGUACUUGGUAGCUGCUGAUUGGCUGUUACCAAAGGUGACUAGAGUGCUAAGCCAGCCAACAGGGAAAACUCGGCUCCUGACUUUGGGUCUUUCUUCUCAGUCUAUAUGGAAGAAAACUUAGAAAAAAUAUAAAAAAGAAAAACACAACUAGUUGCGCAUCUCCUAAAGAGAUGGAAUCGCCACUUAUAUAUGUUUCAGUUUUGCUUUUGAACGUAUUUGAAUUUUCAUCAGGAAUAGUAUAUAAUAAAGAUGAUACAGAGAAACGCUUUGCAUGUUCUAACAAAGGGUUCCCUCAAGAGAAUGAAAUAAUCAAGUUGUAUCUUUUCUUAGAAAACUUGAAAAUCCAGUGUUUCUUCCAAACUGAAAAUGAAAUUGCAUCAAAAGCAAUGCUAAGUGUGUUCACAUCAGGAGGACUUGCUCCCAGCUUGGGAAUCAUGAAUAGUACAUAUAAUGGCAUCUUCCACUUUAAUUUAACGUUGUUCAGUGAUCGGAUUUUGUGGUUGGUUGAUAUUCCUAGAGAAAACAUCACACAAAGCACAGAUAUUGCAGCUGUAGAAGAAUGGUUAGUAAGGAUCACUUUACAUCAUGGACUAAAUAUUUAUGCUACUGAAGGAACUCUAUUGGAUGUUAUUCGAGAACCGAUUCUUCAGUGGACUCCUGGGGAUGUGAUUCCAGAAAGCGAGAUCAGUAAAUUAUAUCCACAUGUGGUAGAUCUCAAAGUGACAAAAUGCCCCUGUGCCAAUGAUGUGGCAUUACUAGGCUUCAUUGUGGAUACAAUAGUUGAUGGUGUUUACAUAGGCAUAACCUUUGGUGGAUUCUGGCAUGAUUAUGAUACCACAUGGUUUAACAUGACACAGACUAUCUAUUCCCAACUUCAAGAAGAACAUGAAGACCUUUCAUUGGUGGAUAUGGUUUUAACGAAUCAUUUUUUAGUUAUCCUCACCUCUUUGGGCCUUUUUGUAAGUGAAGAUCUUCGUUAUCCAUCAUACUACAGCUUAUCGUUUUCCAGGGCAGACUUUUGUGGUUUUGAAAGGGUUGACUAUGUGAAAGGAAAACUGUGGUAUAAUGAAAGAUGUUUUGCUAACAGAGAGCACUUUGAAGUUGAUUAUGUUACAGUUACCUUUGAGAGAAACAGAACCCUAAGUGAGUCAAGCUCUUGUUUUUAUAGUCAGGAACCAUUUCUUGAAUGGGUACCCUGCUUACCUCACAUUUUUAAAGGAAUAAAAAUGUUUCCAACUGUGCUAACAUUUCUUGUUGACCAAGAGCAUGGUACUGGAGUUUACCUCUUCUAUAACAAGGUCAGGAAAACUGCCAUUGCCUCUGUGAGCACCCUGAGAAAUAAUGAACCAAAUUCACAAUCAAAAUUUCCAAUUUUUCGGUUUCCUUCAUCAUUCUCUUCUCCCGUUGGAAUGGUAUUUCAUCCCCGAAGCCACUUUUUGUAUGCUUAUGGCAAUCAGAUGUGGCUUUCAGUUGAUGGCGGCAACACCUUUCAAUUAAUAGCUAACUUUCAUGAUGAUAUCAUAAAGAAGACUUUUCAUAGUUUUUAUACAUCAGCUAUUACUUUUGUUUCUCAACGUGGAAAGGUUUACUCGACAAAGGCAGGAAUGGGAAGAUACAGUGCAGUCGGAAGUGUUACUGAGAGAAUUUUCACAUUAUACUAUGAUCACUUGGGAUUCCUACAUAAGCUGACUCUGGGUCGCUUUGAAGCUAGUGGACCACCCACAGCCUUUGGAAAUUCUAGAAAUCUUUUUGGACAGCCUCCAGAUAUGGGCUUUGAGACUGCGCUUGCCCCACAGCACACCUCCUUAGAUGAAAUUAUCUUUUUUGCAUAUGUACCUGAGAACGAACCCCAGGAAACGAUCUACAGCAAGAAGUUCAGCAAUAUACACUAUGGAAAAGUGAUACACUCUGGGAAAACUGGAAGAGCUUACAUAAGAAAGGUAUUGCAACAUACGACUCCUAAAGGAUUUUUGUCCUCAGUUAUUGCAGAAAUGAAAGAGCCCUUUGGAUUAGAAGAAGUGAAUGAGAGCUCUUGUUUGUCUAGUUCCCUUUUGAUUAAUAAAGCUGGAAAUGUCUAUAAACUCACUCUUGAUUCACAAGUUGUUCAGGCCUUGUUUGAACAUACAGAUAUAGAGAAGACUGUAGUGCUUCCUGGGUACAGCAGCUUCCUCAUCACAAGCAUUUUAGAUAAUAAGAAUGCAUUAGCCAUUGCUACCAUGCCUGAAAGUGCACCCAACAAUAUGACCUUUCUAAAGAGCACAUGGUUCUUAUACAACUUUGGGCAAAGGAAUGGACGAACAUGGAAAAUAUAUUCAAAACCAUGUAAUUAUUGGUUUCAACAUGAUGAUUCACCAUCCCUCAACAUCGUGAAAUACAUUGAUCUGGGAAACUCUUAUGUUUUAAAAGCUAAGGUCAUACGGAAUGCAAAAGGUUUUCAAAUGCUUGAAAUACCACUACUGACUGUGUUUGUUGGAAACCCUAAUUUGUUGGAAGUUACAGCUGAAGUCACUUUUGAUGAUACUGACAGUUAUGUAAUAACAAUUUCUGCAGCUAGCAAACUUUUACAUCAGGGUUCAACUUCACUGGCAUUUAUUAUGUGGUCAGCCUCUACUGAGUGCUUUGUUACGACAAUGGUGCCAACACUGAAAAGCAGCUGUAGUUAUCUCAGAUCUAUGCAUCACAUUCCUAGCAAAUUUAUCCCAUUUGAAGACUGGAUUAGUGGAGUUCAUAAAGACAGUCAGGGUUUUAACCUCAUCAAAACUUUGCCGAUAAACUACAGGCCUCCAUCUAAUAUGGGAAUUGCUAUUCCACUCACAGAUAAUUUUUAUCAUGCAGAUCCUAGCAAACCCAUACCAAGAAACCUGUUUCACAUGUCAAAGAAAACCGGUAAAUUCAAACAGUGUGCUAAUGUUUCCACUCGGGAGGAGUGUAACUGCACAAAGGAUCAGAAGUUUUCACAUGCUGUUGCUUUCUCGGAUUGCAGGGAAAAAGUUCCUCGCUUUAAGUUUCCAAUUACACAAUAUCCAGUUUCUUUGGAAAUUAUCAACGAGGAUGGACGUGUCCCAUUGCAAUCUCCAUAUCUGGUUACUGUGACUGAAGUGAACAUGAGGCACAACUGGAAACUGAAACACACUGUGCCAGAAAAUAUUAAAAGAAUGAAACAAUUACUAGAACCAAUUCUUGGUGCUGCAGUGUAUAAUCCUUCAGGUCUCAACUUAAGCAUAAAGGGCUCUGAACUUUUCCACUUUAGAGUGACCGUCAUUUCAGGAGUAACUUUUUGUAACUUAAUUGAAGAAUUUCAGAUUUAUGUUGAUGAGGCACCAUUGCCAUUCCCAGGACACACGCUUAUUGCCGUGGCAACAGCGGUAGUGCUAGGGGGAUUAAUUUUUAUAGCAUUUAUGUUUCAACUGCAAGGCAUCCAUCCGUGGAGGACAUUCCAAAGAUGGAUUAGAAGAAACCAAGAGAAGUUUUCAAGUAUCUCUCUCAGUGAGCUGAUUCAUAGAUCAAAGUCUGAAGAGUGAACACAUGGUGAUCAUAAUUUAUCUUUAUUUUCUAGUUUUAUCAGACAAUUCCUAGAACAAUAUACUUAAAUGUUAAAUAUGCAAGCUACAUAAAAUCCUACAGAAUUGUCAUUAUAAUUCAAAUUGCUACUUGUCAAUAUAUUCACCAUUUCCUUU